UUGCAAUAUCUUGUUCUCUCUACUCUCUCUCUCUCUCUCUCUCUCUCACACACACACACCCCCACAUACACACACACACUUACUUUCUCUCUCUAUAAAUGCUUAAGAUUUUGUAAGGAUCCUAAUUUACAACUAAUGCAAAGUUGGUGAUAAAUAUGAUGCAGAAUUAAAUAAGUACGAUACAGACUUGUUAUUUUUUAGUUUUAUCAUGGACACUAUGGGUCAGUCAUCACUUGUUCCUCCUGGAUUUCGAUUUCAUCCAACGGAUGAAGAACUUGUAGGCUACUAUCUAAGGAAGAAAGUUGCAUCUCAAAAGAUCGAUCUUGAUGUCAUUAGAGAUAUCGAUCUGUACCAGAUCGAACCAUGGGAUCUGAUAGAGAUAUGUCGUAUUGGAUAUGAGGAGCAAACUGAAUGGUAUUUCUUCAGUCACAAUGAUAAAAAGUAUCUCACUGGGACAAGAACAAACAGAUCAACAAUGACCGGUUUUUGGAAGGCUACUGGAAGAGACAAGGAGGUGUACGAAAAUCGAAGGCUUAUAGGAAUGAGAAAAACUCUUGUGUUCUAUAAAGGAAGAGCACCAAAAGGACAAAAAACUGACUGGAUCAUGUACGAAUACAGGCUUGAAUCCAAAGAAAAUGGUUCUCUUCAGGAAGAAGGAUGGGUUGUGUGCCGCACAUUCAAGAAGCCAACAACAGGACAACCAAAAUACUCUGAAGGAUGGGAAUCAAACUUCUUCUACAAUAGGUGGAUGCAUGCCAGGCCGACCAUGGAUCCACUAGAUUAUAUCACAAGUCAGCCUUCUAGUUCUAUAUUUUCAAAUAGCUUCAUGUGCAAGCAAGAAUUGGAAGCAAAUGAGAAUUUAAAGUUUGUUCAUUGUGAUCAAUUCGAACAACUUCCACAACUCAAGAGCCCAUCUCUCCUGUCAAUUAAGUGGCCUAGCUCUAUAUAUUCAUUGGUGUCUCCAUUAGGCAAUAAUGACAAGGAAGAUGAUCUACCAGUAGGGAUAAACAUAAUCAAUGAUACUAGCAACAAUAAUAAAGUGACUGAUUGGAGAGCUCUUGAUAAGUUUUUAGCUUCUCAACUUAGUCAACAUGAUCGAUAUGGGAUCGGGGAUGGAUCGUCUUCAAGUUUGUGAUGGGACAAAUUAUGAACAUUUGAUAAGUGUUAAAUAUGAAUAUGUGAUAAUAUGGAAUAUAAUGAAUAAUCACCAUAGUAGCUUGAUAUGUAUAAGAGUUAUUGGGAGUGCAUAUUUCAUAUGUGACACAUAUGGAAUGUAAUGCAUAAUCACCGUAGUAGUUUGGGAGUGUAUAUUUGAUAAGCGAUAAAUAUGGAAUAUAAUGAAUAAUCACCAUAGUUGUUUGAUAUG